AUGUCUCUCCCAAGAGCCAUGACAAGGAAUGCCAAUGGGGCUGUCUCUGAGUUGCAGGACCAGAAAUGGCGACACUAUCCUAAGAAUCUACUCUACCGAGGGAAUGGUGACUCGACCUUCAAUGAUCCCUCCUUCAACCAACCCGAUCCAGCCAAGACCACUGUGUCCACGGUUUGUCCCAACACUGCCGCAUCGGAGGAUACCGAGGCUUCCCAGCCACCCUCGUCCUUCUCUUCUGCUGCCAGUAUUUCUCGCCUGCCGCGAGAGGGCAAAGAUGGAAGUUGGAAACACCAUCCCAGUCACAAACUUUACCAAUCCCAAGAUAUCAACCACCUCGAGAUCGAUCUACCCGAUACUACCGAAUCUUUCCUCCUUGAUGAAGGUGAGAAGAAGAUUGAAGAGAAGAUUGAUACUCGUACUCCCAACACCACCAUCUUCACGUUCAACAAGGAAGACCACACCCUCGCCAAUCUUCUUCGUGACAAGCUCUUGAAAAACAGCCACGUUACCUUCGCUGCCUAUCGAGUUCCCCACCCUCUCUUUGCCAAGUUCGAGCUUCGUGUCCAGACUGAUGGCGAGAUUACUCCUAAAGAAGCUGUUCUUGCCAGUUGCCGCGACACAAUCGGUGAAUUGAAUACCUUCAAAAGCAAUUUCACUCGAGAAUAUGAAUUGCGCAAGAUGGUUGGAAGUGGUGGCCAGAACGGAAAAUGA